UCGGAACACAUCGAGGAGCUCUCACGGAGUACACCGCUGUUUGGACACUCGGUUCUCUGCCUAAUUUCGUGAUUUCGUCAUGUCUUGGUGGACUGCUUCCAGGUGGAGGACAUGCAGAUGACCUGGGCGAACUGUGUGUGGUGUCAGAGGUGCAACUAGUGCGUCAAAGUGGCUCUGGCCACCGAUUCUUAUGAAGACUUAGAAUAUGAUGUCUUCUCAGAGGCAAAGCUUUGUCAGUGAGAGUGUAACAAACGGCCAGAGAAAAAGGUUUUCGUCGGGUUCACCGGAUUGUCCUCACUUGCAAAAGAAAAUUUGCCGACAGACAGACAUGAUGGAGAGUCAAAAACUAGCUAAUUUCUCAGUUGCUCCCAAUGGUGUUAGUAAAACCACGGUCCUCGGGAAGAAGCAAGGGGCAGAAAAGAAGGUCUUGGCUAUUAAGAACUUUAAAGUGCACAACCAACCAGCCGUUGACCACAUUGCCGAAUCCUGGCGAUUUUUGAGGGAAGCGGUGGUUGCCAUUCAGGAAUCAAGAAAGUUGAGAGAUAACCUCACGCAGGAGGAUCUUUAUCGAUAUGUAGACAACCUUAUUACACAACGGCCUCCAGCAUUACUUUAUGCUGACCUUAGAGAGUUGACAGAGAAGCACAUUAAAUCACGAUUGAAUCAGUUCUUGAGUGGUACCAGUGAUCGCUUGACAUUCUUACGACAACUAAAUGAUUGCUGGACACACCACUGUCAUCAAAUGAAGAUGGUUUGUAACAUCUUCCUGGCUCUUGACAGAGGUUAUGUACUGCAGAAUGCUCAGGUUUCUUCCAUAUGGGAUAUGGGUCUAGAAUUGUUCCGGCAACAUAUUUUAGAGGAAGUAGUAGUAGAAAAUCGAUGUGUUGAUGGUUUGCUAAUGAUGAUAGAAAAAGAACGGUCAGGGGAGACUAUCGACAGAUCACUCGUCAAAUCCCUCCUUAGAAUGCUCUCUUCUCUUCAAGUGUAUCACAAAGUUUUUGAGAAUAAGUUUUUAGUGGCAACAGAACAACUUUACCUCCGUGAGGGACAGAGACUCACACAGGAUCGUGAUGUCCCGCAGUACCUACUCCAUGUUGACAAAAGACUCACUGAGGAGAACAAUAGAGUCCUUCAUUACCUAGAUAUGUCAACUAAACGGCAGUUGAUAUAUUGUGUGGAGAAGCAACUGUUAAGUGAACACAAAACUCUUCUGCUUCAAAAGGGGCUAGACUCCCUCCUUGAUCAGAAUCGUCGCCACGACCUCUCUCUCUUGUAUAACCUCUUUGCCCGUAUUAAGGGAGGAUUGGAAGAUCUUUGUACCCAUUUUAAUGCUUAUAUUAAGUCGUAUGGGAAAACAAUUGUAAUCAACCCCGAGAAAGAUAAAGGAAUGGUACAGGAACUUCUUGAUUUUAAGGAUAAGAUGGAUGGCAUUGUUAGUGAAUGCUUCAACUCUUCCGAUAAGUUUGUUUUAGCAUUGAAAGAAGCAUUUGAGCAUUUCAUAAAUCAGAGACUCAACAAGCCAGCUGAGUUAAUAGCUAAGUUUGUAGAUGGUAAGCUACGUGCUGGUAACAAAGAAGCAACCGAAGAUGAACUUGAACGACUCCUAGACAAAAUUAUGGUUCUUUUUAGAUUUAUUCAUGGCAAGGAUGUGUUUGAAGCUUUUUACAAGAAAGAUUUGGCGAAGCGUUUGUUAGUUGGUAAAUCGGCCAGUGUAGAUGCAGAAAAGAGCAUGCUGAGCAAGUUGAAGCAAGAAUGUGGGCCUGGAUUUACUAGUAAGCUAGAAGGCAUGUUUAAAGACAUGGAAUUAUCCAAGGACAUAAUGCUGGCCUUUAAACAAAAUUCGCAACUGGGCAGCACAGCCAUGGAGCUUAAUGUUAACAUUUUAACAAUGGGUUACUGGCCAAAUUACCCAUUGAUGGAAGUCAAUAUGCCACCAGAAAUGGUUAAUUAUCAACAGAUCUUCACAAAGUUCUAUCUAGCUAAACAUAGUAAUAGAAAAUUGCAGUGGCAGCCAACACUGGGUCACUGUGUUUUGAAAGCAGCAUUUACUCAGGGUGCCAAAGAGCUCCAGGUAUCAUUGUUUCAGGCUUUAGUACUACUAUUGUUUAAUAAAGCAGACUCCCUUUCAUUAGGAGAUAUAGCAACUGGAACAAAUAUUGAGGAUGGUGAGCUUCGCCGUACUUUGCAGUCUUUAGCAUGCGGCAAAGCAAGAGUUCUCCAGAAAACUCCACGUAGUAAGGAUGUUAAUGAUGAUGACAAGUUUAUCUACAAUAAAGACUUCACUAACCAACUGUUUCGGAUCAGAAUUAAUCAAAUUCAAAUGAAGGAAACGAGUGAGGAACAGCAACAGACCGAAGAAAGAGUUUUUCAGGACCGGCAAUACCAAAUUGAUGCAGCAAUUGUUCGAAUCAUGAAAAUGAGGAAGGUUCUGCCUCAUAAUCUCCUUAUUACUGAACUAUACAACCAAUUGAAGUUUCCUGUCAAGCCUGCUGAUUUGAAAAAGAGGAUAGAAUCUCUUAUUGAUCGCGACUACAUGGAGCGAGACAAGGACAACCCUAAUACCUACAAUUAUGUGGCAUAAUUAUCACUACAGUGACUACUCCUGGUAUCCUUGUGAUAUUUCUAUUACACUAUAACUUUAAUUUUGCCUCUGACAUUCUAGUUGUUGGUGAUAGGAGUUGGGAGCCAUGGAUUGUGAUAUAUACUGUGCAUCACAGAAACUAAAACCUUAUAGACUGUUUAGCCGAGAUGUUCCCAAGCGCCAAGAGCCAAUUAAAUUAAUUGCAGCAAUUCUUCGCCGUAAGAAAAGCUUUCUGUUGACUAAAUUAUAUCAUUGCUGAAUGGGAGGCAUUCACUCAGUGGUUAAGCACAGGCUUCAAAGCUUCCCAGUGCCCCAUUGUAUAAAAUUAUGCACAGAUGAUAUUAAGUUGUAGGCUAUUUUUGUGUUCACAAUAAUUAAAAUAAAGAAAAUCAUAUAAAGUUUUUAUCCAAGAAGUAACAAACCCAUCUUUAUUUUUUUUUAUAAAUAUAUAUAUAAACUGAUGGGGAAAAACACAUGUAAAUUUAGGUAUUUUAUUUUGCAUUAUUGGGACAGCACUGUGUUACAUGGGAAUUGUACAUUUCAUUUUGGGGACUUUAUAGAGUAAAUAGGCAGAAUAAUUAAGUAUAAAUUUAUUUAAUUUGCUAAUAUUUCUGUGCUCAUUUUGGCUAUAUCUACCUAGGUAAUAUAAUACUGGGAAAUACAGAUUUGGAUUAUAACUCAUGACAUUGAAAGAAAUAUUUAUAUACAAUUAGGGCAACAGAUACAUAAACAUUAAGCUCCACAGCUAUGUAUAAAUCUUUAUAAUAUCCUAAUCACUGGAAACCGUUUUUGAGUUGUAGCAUCUACUUUAAUAAAAUAUUAUACAUGAAAUGUAUGCAGAUGAAGUUAAAUCGGGUAUUAUCUCUUGACCUUAAAUUACUUGCGUGUGUUUAACCAUGGCUGCAUUAUGGCAAUUAACAUUUUUAAACAUUUCUAGAAAACAAUAGUGUUGGUAAAAGCUACUAUUAGCCAUCUAGUCCAUUGUUAAGGUUGGAUUUGAACACUAGUCUGACAAUAAAUUUAAGAAACUGAAAAUAACAUUUCUUGGUAGUAUGUGGGGGCAUUUUGCUAGACAGAAUGUCGGUAAUAUUUCUUAUGAACAUAGGUCCUCAGUUCUGUGGUCCUGCAGCAAUUAUCGUAACACUUGUCCACUUGUCCUAAACUAAAUCGCCCUUCUAGUGAUUGAGAGCCAUCAUCCUCAUCUAACACCAAUCCAGCAUCAUUUGCAAUGCUUAAUCAUUAACCUAUCAAUAAUAAAACUAAAGUUUAUUUUAGUUUCCUGUGGUGUCUGAACACGGGGGCCUGUUAAGGAUGUUGAACAUAAUUAUAAACUAAACAAGUACACAACAAGAAUUUACCUUGAAUAACGAGCCAGAUAUACAAUGUUUGAUCCAUUAAGUGCUUUAUGAAGAAAAUAGAAAAAUUUUGCAUAAUAUUCUGAAUCAUCUAAUGUUGAGAUGAACAUAAACUGCACUUGAGUUACUUUGUAUGGAUUAAAAAAUUUUUUUUUUUUUAAUGUACAGGUAUUCAUGUAUUUCUUCAUUGUGUGUCUUCAAUAUGGAACCAGCCAUGUACUUGAAUUGGCACUGAAAAAUUAUUUGUAAAUGUAGUCAAUAAAAAUCAGGUAAAAUAUGUAUUAAGUAUUUAAAACAUCUUCAGAAUAUUUAUUUAUUUUCUUUCUGUGGAUUACUGUUAUGUGAAGUUCAGCCGUGAUUAAAAUGGAAUGGAUACAACUUGAACCAAAUUGUAUCACAAAAUUACAUUGUAGUAUGUUCUUGGGGCAAAGGCUUUGUGAUUAUUCUGUUGUGCGUGUUUGUGUGUGUGUGCUUGUGUGCAUGUGUGUGUAUACAUAUACAUACUGUAAUAUAUAUUUAUAUUUUAUUUAAGAAGUUCCAAUAACUUUACAAUUUUCAAAUGCCAAUAGAGCAGUUGUAAUUAUUCGUACAGUUUUUGGAUACAUUAAAGGGAUGGUUUAAUGUGGUUGCUUACUACAUUCACUCUUGGGAGCCAGUUUGUCUCAAUUGGUCAGAUUGUCUUUAGCAAGGGGGGUACAGAUAGUGCUCUUAAUUAAUGGCAGUAAGUAAACAGCUAAAUUGGUUUAUUAAUGUAAGAUAUUUGAACUGUUCGUUAAUAACAUGUUAGAGCAUUGAAAGUCUGAAAUAAUGCCUUUAAUAGCAUUCAACUUAUUUUUGUGCUAGCUACCUAACAAUACACUUUGCAAAGAGAAACCAAGUUAAGAGAUCAUACCAUUCAUUACAGGGAUGUAUAUUAUGCAGGCUCCUCCAAGUGUGUGUAUGUGUGUGUGUGUGUGUGAAGAAAUGGGUUAAAUUGCCACAUACUGUACUAAUAUCCUGCCCUUUUCCUUGUCAAAGUUGAAUAGUAAAUGUAGACUCUUCUCUAAAUAUUGCAGCUA